AUGUCUAGCACUGUCGCUGCUCCGCCUCUCGCCGGGCCGUCGCAGGCCAAUGCCGACGUCGAGCUCGCGCAGCAACAGUCGCCGCCGCCGCUCUCGCAGCGCAUCGGCGGCCGGCUCGCGGCGCUCAUGCCUUCGCAGCGCCGUCCGCGCGCCCAGGAUGCCGAGCAGGGCGACGAGCAGCCAGUGCCGCAGCACGCGCGCGAAGGCAGUGCCCGCUCUGCGCUGAGCCAGCGCCUGGCGACGCUGCGUGGGCAGGACCGCGAGACGACGCGCAACACGACGCAGGCCGACAUCGAGGCACGCGCCGCGCCGCGCGGACCGACGCGCCGCGAGCGCGAGGAGGCCAGCUCGCUCUUUGGCCCCAAUCUUGCCGUGUACUUCAGCAGCGGCAGUGUCAGCUCCGGUGCUGCACCUUCUGCAUCUGCGGCUGCUGCGAGUGCUCCUGUCGCCGGCGCCGCUCCGGCUGCACCCGCGACGGGCGAGGAGGAGCUGGCCAGCACAGACUCGACAGCCGUGGCGAACGCCACAGCCCGCAAGGCGCGCCUGGGCAGUCGUGGCCGCGCGCGCGGCGCCAGCCUCAGCGGCAUCGGCAGCCAGCUCAGUCUGCCUCUGGAUGGCGGCGAGAGCGUGACGAGCCUGCCGCUCGGCAGCAUGCCGCAUCCCCUCGACGGCUCGGCGGCACCCGCAUCGGCUCGCGCCGAGGGUGUCGACGACGUGGUGGCCAUGGCCGAGGGCAUCGAGAUUGACACGCUGCGCAAGUGGAUCGAGCGCAGCAUCGACGGCGGUGCGCUCGAGGUGCACCCAGGCGAGACCACGAACGGCGCGCCCUCGAGCACUGCCUCGGGUGCGCCGCCGGCCAUCUGCUCAACGCUGCAGAGCUACGUGAACCUCAAGCGUAACACUGUCAAGCUCGGGCUCGAGCCCGUGGCUGGCACGUCUGCUGCACCGGCCUCGCCGAUCGCGGCUCAGCCCUUCAUGCCGGAGCCGCUCACCCCCGUGGUCGGCGAGGACGCGCUUGGCAGUCUGCGGCACGCUCCUUCGCUCGGCAACAUCUCUCUCAUGCAGGGCGCGCCGGGAGGCCACGCUGGCCUGCAGCUGCCGCACGGCGCAGCCGGGCCUCUCCCGCCGUCCAGCCACACGCUGUACUUCGAGUACGACUGCGCAGCGCCUGCUGCGAGCGUGCAGCUCUUCCUGCGCGCCAGCCGCAAGCAUGGCUCGUGGAACGAGAACAGCGAGGCGAGUGCGACCUCUGCCGGUGGUGCAGGCUACCUGGCGCAGCGUGGCCCGCCGCCGCACGUCCUGGGCUGGCCGGUGCACUCUGCUCGGCUGCGUCGCGGCUUCGGCGAGCCGAUGCGCGCCGCCCUCGCGCUGCACCUGCAGUACUACGCGCCGCCGAAGGCUGCCAAGCGCAGUGCCGGUGCUGUUGAUGGCGAGGAGGAGGACGAGGAGAACCUGCAGGAGAUGCCCGCCGAGACGCCUGGCCUGAACGUGCAGCGCCAGCUCGGCGUUCCUCCGACGCCGGCUGCGGCGCCGGCCGCGAACCCCUUCAACCUGCCUGGCGCCACCGACGCAAGCGCUGCCCCGGCCACGCCUGCCGCUGUCGAGCCUACUGGCGAAGAGACGAAGGAGGCGCGUCUGGCGCGGGAGAAGCUCGAGCGCGAGACGCUCAAGCUCGCUGUUGUGGUGGAGGCACUUGACGAGGACGGCCGGCCUCUGCGCGAGCCGAACCUGCAGACGACGUAUCUGCGUCUCACAUCGCUGCCCGCGCGGCCACGUGCGGAUGCUGCCGCUGCCGAGGCCGAGGCUACGCCGGCCGUCGAGCGCGUCUGGACUGUGCAGGUUGAGGGACAGGAGGCCGAGAUCGGCCCCCACCGCUUCCAGCUGCAAGAGCUGUACGGCCUGUCCACGCGGCCGCCGGCCGUCAAGCCCGCGCCCGUCGAGGGCGAGGGCGAAGAUGGAGACGGCGAGGCUGCGCCCAUGCCGAUGGUCGAUCUCGACGGCACGAAUGGCUCAGAGUGCCUCAUCUGCCUCUCGGCGCCGCCCACGACGCUGCUGCUGCCGUGCACGCACUCACUGUGCCUCGAGUGCGCCGUGCAGCUGCGCGAGAGCGUCAAGGCGAUGCGCGAGACGGAGCGGCGACGUGGCCGCACGCCUAGACGCAAGUACAACUGCCCGGCUUGCCGACGAGCCUUUACCUCCAUGCUUCAUCUUUCGGCCGCAGACGAGAAGACGAUGGCGCAGACAAGCACCUGAGCGCCCUCGCCGUGCUUGUCACACGCUGCUGCUCUCCCGAUACCCAGCCUGCCGUCUCUAUGCGAGCUUUGCCUCGCUUGAUCAUGUGCCACGACGUCUCGUUCUCCCUCGCUCCGUGUCACCGGUCUCCCGACUCCUUCACCGCUCCUUCCUGUCAGAGUCUCCUUAUGCGCCUACACAAGCUCGAUGUCUCGAUGCUAUCCCACGACUGAGCCGUGCCUGUUGACAGAUGACCG